GCCAACGCCAACUGACGCGGUCCGGCGCGACCAGCUCGCCGCCCGCGGAUAAAUUCCCCACCCGCCAACUUCGCGGGCAAAUCUCUCCGACGAUCUCCGCCCCCGCGCCGAACGCGAACUCCGUCUAGAUCCAGUUCAAUUACUCGUUGAUUCAGCUUUUAUUAUUCCUGGGUGACAAAACCAUUGAAAAUGGUGGUCCUUGCAGCCUCUAUAGUAUCAAAAUCUGGAAAAGCACUUGUUUCAAGACAAUUUGUUGAUAUGUCUCGGAGCAGGGUCGAGGGACUGCUCGCAGCAUUUCCAAAGUUGGUGGGAACUGGAAAGCAACACACCUAUGUUGAGACUGAAAAUGUCCGUUAUGUUUAUCAGCCUAUUGAAGCCUUAUAUCUUCUAGUCAUCACAAAUAAGCAGAGUAACAUUCUUGAAGACCUGGAGACACUGAGGCUGCUCUCUAAACUUGUACCUGAAUACUCCCCCUCUUUGGACGAGGAAGGUGUCUGUAGAGCAGCAUUUGACCUUGCUUCUGCUUUUGAUGAAGCCAUUUCCCUUGGAAACAAAGAAAAUGUUACUGUUGCCCAAGUGAAACAGUAUUGUGAGAUGGAGAGCCAUGAGGAGAAGCUGUACAAACUCGUCAUGCAGAGCAAAAUAAACGAAACUAAGGAUCACAUGAGGAAGAGAGUUACUGAGAUUGAGAAAAGCAAGAUUGAUAGAGGCAAGAAUGAAAAAGCAUUUGGCCCCCUGAGACCUCCAAACAGUUUUAGUGACAUGAGCACUAAAGGCACUGGUCUAGGAGGAGAUCCUAUAUUUGCUGACUUGUUCGCUCAAAAGCCCAAAGGGCUUCCUUCUGCUCCUGCUCCUGCUCCUGCCACUAGUAAAGUGGCUGGUGGUAUGAAAUUGGGCAAGGCAAAGAAGACAAAUCAGUUCCUAGAAUCUUUGAAAGCUGAAGGAGAACUCAUUUCGGAGGACGCUCAACCAACUGGAAUUCAGUCAGGACCGUCAUCUAUCCCACCAAGUGAUCCUAUCGCAGUUGCAAUUGAAGAAAAGAUCAAUGUCACUGUUAAAAAAGAUGGGGGGAUUCAUAAUUUUGAUAUUCAAGGAACCCUUGCUCUCCAAGUUCUGAAUGACACCGGCGGUUUUAUCCAGUUGCAGAUUGAGAAUCAAGAUCUACCUGGACUUAGCUUCAAGACACACCCUUAUAUUAACAAAGAGCUGUUCAAUAGUCAGAAAUUUGUUGGGGCAAAAGAUCCAAACAGGCCUUUCCCCAGUGGUCAAAAUGAAACCCCUCUUGUGAAGUGGAGAAUCCAGGAGUUGGAUGAGUCAUCUCUGCCGUUGUCAGUCAAUUGCUGGCCUUCAGUCUCUGGAAAUGAAACAUAUGUAAACAUUGAGUAUGAAGCUUCUGAGAUGUUUGAUUUACAUAACGUUGUCAUUUCUAUACCUCUGCCUGCACUCAGGGCGGCUCCAAGUGUUAGACAGAUAGAUGGAGAAUGGAAGUAUGACUCAAGAAACUCAGUGUUGGAAUGGUCAAUUAUUCUUAUUGACCAAUCCAACCGCAGUGGUUCUAUGGAAUUUGCUGUUCCUGCAUCUGACCCAUCAACAUUUUUUCCCAUCUCGGUUGGUUUUUCUGCAUCAAGCACCUUCAGUGAUUUGAAGGUUACUGCUGUUCUUCCGCUAAGGGAAGGUAGGCCUCCAAAAUUUUCACAGAGGAUUCGUUUGGUUACUGAUAAUUACAUAGUCAUUUGAGGCUGAGGGGUGGCUGCCUUCCAAACCUGAAGUCGAUUUGUUUGAUGUAAUCGCGCGUAAUUAAAGUGUAUAGAAGCUAGAAAUUUCUGCUGUAACCUUGGGCAGUCACUAUGGAUAAAAAUUUGUUAUACAUAAUGCAUUUUUGUAUCUACUUAUUGCCAAAUGUAGCACCGUGGUGGUAUGCACUGGAACACACCUUUCUUUUCUUGAGAAAGUCACGACAUUGCAUUUGCCUUUA